AUGAAGACCACUUGGAAGGAUAUCCAGCCUGUUCCGACAUCCCAGGAAUUCCUCGAUAUUGUUCUCAGUCGGACUCAGCGGCGACUGCCCACGCAGAUUCGAGCCGGUUUCCAGAUAAGCAGAAUCAGAAAUUUCUACACUAGAAAAGUGAAAUUUACUCAAGAGACCUUCACAGAGAAGAUUUCCCUCAUCCUCGAUGGCUUCCCACGGUUACAAGAUAUCCACCCGUUCCACAAAGAUCUCCUGAAUACCCUCUACGAUGCCGACCACUUCCGGAUAGCCCUCGGUCAGCUGUCGACGGCCAAACAUCUCAUCGAAAUUGUCUCGAGAGAUUAUGUUCGUCUUCUCAAAUAUGCGCAGUCCCUCUUCCAAUGCAAACAACUCAAGCGGGCUGCGUUAGGUCGGAUGGCCACCAUCUGCCGGAGGUUGAAAGAUCCCCUACUUUAUCUCGAUCAAGUCAGGCAGCAUCUUGGUCGUCUUCCCUCGAUCGAUCCUAACACGAGAACGCUACUCAUCUGCGGGUAUCCGAAUGUGGGGAAAUCGAGCUUUUUGAAGAGCGUUACCAGAGCCGAUGUGGAUGUACAGCCAUAUGCUUUCACCACUAAGAGUUUGUUCGUUGGGCAUUUCGACUACAAGUACCUUCGAUUCCAGGCGAUCGAUACCCCUGGUAUCCUUGAUCAUCCCCUAGAGGAGAUGAACACCAUUGAGAUGCAGUCUAUCACCGCGAUCGCACAUCUCCGGUCCGCCAUCUUAUACUUCAUGGAUCUUUCCGAGCAGUGCGGAUAUACCGUUCAGGCCCAGAUGCAGCUUUUCCAAAGCAUCAAGCCGCUUUUCGCGAACAAACUCGUUUUCAUCGUCAUUAACAAGAUUGAUGUAACCCGACCAGAAGAUCUAGACGAGGAAACCCAAGCACAACUGCAGGCUCUCCUGAAGCCAGGCGAUGUUGAAAUGUUGCAGCUCUCAUGUACCACCGCGGAAGGCGUCCAGGAAGUCAAGAAUGCAGCUUGUGAGCGGUUAAUUGCCGACCGCGUGGCGCAAAAGCUCAAGUCGGGAACAAACAGCAGUGGUGCAGUCGGUGGGAGAUUAGGAGAUGUCCUCAACCGAAUCCACGUUGCGAGACCAAUGGAUGGCGUGGUCCGAGAGCCAUUUAUCCCUGAAGCCGUGAAGAAUAUGAGAAAGUUCGACAAGGAUGACCCAGAUCGACCAAAGCUGGCCCGGGAUAUCGAAGAAGAGAAUGGAGGUGCGGGUGUCUAUAACGUAGACUUGAAAGACAAAUACCUCCUCGCAAACGACGAGUGGAAGCAUGACAAGAUCCCCGAAAUCCUUGAUGGUAAGAACUUCGCCGACUUCAUCGACCCAGACAUCGCAGCCAAGCUCGCCGCGUUGGAAGAAGAAGAAGAGAAGCUCGAGACAGAGGGAUAUUAUGACUCUGACGAAUCCAUCGAGGACGCCGAAGAUGCAGACAUCCGCAUGAAAGCCGAGCUGAUCCGCGAGAAGCAAACCUUGAUCCGUAACGAGGCCAAGAUGAAGAAAUCGCUGAAGAAUCGCGCCAUGAUCCCCCGUACUGCCACCCGUAUGAAACUCUCGGAUAUGGAGGACCAUCUCGACUCCCUCGGAAUCGACACCACUGCCAUCGCCGAGCGUGCCCGCUCGCGCUCUCGUGGCCGCAGUGUGGUCCGUAGCCGCACUGGUACGGAGGAUGUCAUGGAUAUCGAUUCACCAGAUUAUGAAGCCAAGAUGAGGGCUAAGAGCAGGGCGAGAAGCCAGAGCAAUAGACGUGAUGAUGGUGUUACGAAUGAGGUUGCCAGGAGCAAGGCGGAUAGGGCACAGAAGCUCGGUCAAAGAAAGAUGAAUCGUAUGGCUAGGCAGGGUGAGGCGGAUAGGCAUGUUGCUGCAGCCAUGCCGAAGCAUUUGUUUUCCGGCAAGCGCGGCAUGGGCAAGACAAACAGUCGUUAA